GGAGCUGCAUGGCAAAGUCAUGGAGGUGGACUACUCCGUCCCCAAGAAGCUGAGGAGCAGGAAAAUUCAGAUCCGGAACAUCCCCCCUCACUUACAGUGGGAGGUGCUGGAUGGCCUUUUAGCUCAGUAUGGGACUGUAGAGAAUGUGGAACAAGUCAACACAGACACAGAAACGGCAGUUGUCAACGUAACAUAUGCAACAAAAGAAGAAGCAAAAGUAGCAAUUGAGAAGCUCAGUGGCCACCAGUUUGAGAACUAUUCCUUCAAGAUUUCCUACAUCCCGGAUGAAGAGGUGAGCUCCCCUCAGCCCCUUCAACGAUCCCGCCGUGGGGGACACUCUUCCAGGGAGCAGGGCCCCUCCCCGGGGGGCUCCUCACAGCCCAAACAGCUCGAUUUCCCACUGCGGAUGCUGGUCCCCACGCAGUUUGUUGGUGCGAUCAUAGGAAAGGAGGGCUUGACCAUAAAGAAUCUUACUAAGCAAACCCAGUCCAAGGUAGACAUCCAUCGUAAGGAGAAUGCUGGUGCUGCAGAGAAGCCAAUCACCAUCCAUGCCACCCCAGAAGGGUGCUCGGAGGCAUGCCGCAUGAUCCUUGAUAUCAUGCAGAAAGAAGCCGAUGAGACUAAAUCAGCUGAAGAGAUUCCCUUGAAAAUCUUAGCCCACAACAGCUUGGUUGGGAGACUGAUUGGCAAAGAAGGACGAAACCUAAAGAAAAUUGAGCAAGACACGGGGACCAAGAUCACCAUCUCUCCUUUACAGGAUUUAACCAUUUAUAACCCUGAACGGACCAUCACAGUGAAGGGCAACAUUGACGCCUGCUCCAAUGCUGAAGUGGAAAUCAUGAAGAAGUUGCGAGAAGCCUAUGAGAAUGACAUUGUGGCCGUCAGCCAACAAGCCAACCUGAUCCCAGGGCUCAACCUUAGCGCUCUUGGGAUCUUCUCAACGGGAUUGUCCAUGCUUCCCUCUGCAGCUGGGGCCCAUGGAGCUGCUGCCACUGCCCCCUACCAUACCUUUGCGAGCCCCCCGGCAUACCUCUCGGGUCUGUACGGAGCCUCUCCGGCUGGCGCGUUCCCACACCAGCACUCCCUACCGGAACAGGAGAUUGUGAAUUUAUUCAUCCCGACACAGGCCGUGGGUGCCAUUAUUGGGAAGAAGGGCCAACACAUUAAACAGCUGGCAAGAUUUGCUGGAGCCUCUAUUAAGAUCGCCCCAGCAGAAGGGCCAGAUGCCAGUGAGAGGAUGGUCAUCAUCACUGGGCCACCGGAAGCCCAGUUCAAGGCCCAGGGCCGAAUAUUUGGAAAACUGAAAGAAGAAAACUUCUUUAACCCGAAAGAAGAGGUGAAGCUUGAAGCCCACAUCAAGGUGCCUUCCUCUGCAGCCGGCCGCGUGAUAGGCAAAGGUGGCAAAACGGUGAAUGAACUGCAGAACUUAACAAGUGCGGAAGUUAUUGUCCCACGUGACCAAACUCCUGAUGAGAAUGAGGAAGUCAUUGUUAAAAUCAUCGGGCAUUUUUUUGCCAGUCAGACUGCACAGCGCAAGAUCAGGGAAAUCGUACAGCACGUGAAACAGCAGGAGCAGAAACACGCUCAGGGGGCCCCUUCCUCACACCGUAGCAAGUGAGGCUCCCACAGUGCCAGCCAGCAACAACUGAUGAAUGUAGCCCUUCCAACACCUGACGGAACGACAGAUUGGGGAGCAAACCAAAGACCAUCCUGAGGCAUGACAGUCUGCCCAAGGCUGGGCUCUGCAGAGGACUCAGUGCGUGGGGAGGGGAGGGGUUCAGAUCCAUUCACAAUGAAGAAGCCGCACAGUGGGGCAGGGCAGCCUGCCCCAUCCCAGGCUCUGCAGACUCUUCCAAUCCACAGCCUCCAUGUUACUCUAUUUACUACCGACGCUAUCCCUUUAGUUGGACUAACAUAGGCAGAGAUUUUUGAAACCAACCUCUUGACAACUCUUGUAGGAACCCUUCUCUGUACAUGAAUGUACAUACUACAUGAGAAGAUUUUACGUUGCGGGGUCCGCAGUGCACACAGCAGCAUUCGCAGUAUUAAUAUAUUUUAGAAUUAAUAUAUCAAUAACUAAACUAACUCCGAUUUUAAAAUUUUUUUUAAAGGAAAAGGUUAAUUUUUUUAUUUUUAAUUUUGUAUUUGUUUUCUUUGGGAGGGGUGUUUUCAUUUUUGGGGUUUUUUUUUUUAUUUUUUAGAAGAAGCAGACUUUUCUAGACAUCUGAGGAAAGAACCUAGUAUAUUUGGAUCUCUAACCUACAGUAGACUGGAGCUUUAGGAUUGCCAGCAGCAAAAUUCAAGGUGGGUAAGCAGUGGCGAUUUCUCAAAGGGCGUUAGGAAGAGCAGCACAAGCCAUGUGCCGUUUGGAGUGCCUGUCUGUGCCAACAGAAGGGAUACCGUCUCUUAAAAGAGGAAUCUCUCUCUCUCUCUCUCUCUCUUUUCCCUCUGUCUCUCUCUCUCCAGCUCACUCACUCUUUUCUUGUUGCUUCACGGAUACUGAACUGGUUUUGCAUCCUGUCCUUUUCCCUCUCUCCUGCUCUCUCUUUUGCUCUCUCUCAAUUCCGCUAUCAUCAAACCAGUGCUCUAAGCAACACACCGCAGAAAACAGAAACACCCAGCCACAACUUCCACUUUGGUUAUCAACAGCCCACGUCACCAUGGUACCUGUUCUAGCAUUUUGGAAAAAACCCCCAACCAAACCCAACACACACACACACACACACACACACACACACACACGAAACCGCAAUAUCCCCCGCCCCACCUGAGACUAGCCAAGUUUAGUCUUCAUCCUUCCCACGAGGACACUGCCACCGGGAUCAGGGAAAGUUGUGUCUUUCUCUUCUCUAUUUUUUUUGUUAACCGGCGGAUGGGAGGCAAGGGGAAUUAAAACAGUCAUUGACAAGAGGUUGUUGGCCCAGGGCCUGAAAAUUGCAAAUUUUGUUAAAAGAAGAAAAACACACAUGCAGACACACACACAUGAAAAGAAAAAAGAAAAAAAAAACUACCUCAGGUGUUUUUGUACCUCAGCACCUUGCUCUUGUGUUUCCCUUUUAGAGAUUUUGUAUGCCUUGUAAAACUGAUAGUUGGAGCAUUUUUUUAUUUUUUUAAUAAAAACAAGUUGGAAAAAAAAAA